AUGGCUUACCACCCGGGCGCUCCGCACCUCCACGGCCCCCCGAAGCAGUUUGUGCUCUGCUUUGAUGGCACCGGCAAUAAAUUCGCGGGCGACGAGUCCGACAGCAAUGUGCUGAAGAUCUUUCGUAUGCUGGACCGCAGCAAGAGUCAUCAGUACCACUACUAUCAACCAGGAAUUGGUACCUACGUGACCACCAAGUCGCUGUCCAGCCAUGGCCGCGUCCAGCGCAUCAAAUCCUGGUAUCAGAAGGCCAAGGAUUCGGCCAUCGGUUCCUCCUUUGACGAGCACGUCAUGGGCGGUUACAAAUUCUUGAUGCGUUACUAUUCCCCCGGAGACGAGAUCUUUUUCAUUGGCUUCAGCCGCGGCGCAUACAUUGCCCGGUUCCUGGCUGAAAUGCUCGACUACAUCGGUCUCCUCGAAGCCGGAAAUGAGGAGCUGAUUCGUUUCGCCUGGAAGACUUUCGCCAAGUGGCAGCAGCGCGCAGGCGACAGUGAAGAGGAAAAAGCCGAGAAAAAGAAGCUCUUCGAGUACAUGAAAGCAUUCCGAGAAACCUUUAGUCGUCCGAUUUCGCGCAUUCGCUUCAUGGGUCUCUUCGAUACCGUCAACAGCGUGCCCCGCUUCGAGAAUGCCUGGAUGCAGCGCAGCAAGUUCCCGUAUACGGCGCGCAGUUCCGCCAGAGUGAUCCGCCACGCAGUCGGCAUUGACGAGCGCCGCGCCAAGUUCCGCCAGGAUCUAAUCUCAGGCCCGCGGCCGCAUGGCAAGGAGCACAAGCCACACCGUCACCAUAUGAACCCGCGUGGCCAUCUGGCGCGCCAUGCCGAUGCCCACAACCACCUACACAUCCACCAUCAGGACCACCACCAGAACCGCCCUGAGCCCACUGCCGACCCGGUCCCCGCCAUCAUGGUCAAUGACGAGGAGAAGGUCCCUCAAAACGGCGAUCCAGAUGGCCCGGAGGAAGCAGCACCCGCUUUCGAGUUCCCAGGAUGGGGCCCCUCCAACGGCGAGACGUACUACCACCCCUCGCACCUUUCAUCUCAUCAGGGCAGCGAGAGCAACGCCGGUGAGAAGGUGGGCAACCGCUAUCGCUCGCCCUCCCCCCGGCGCAACAGCCUCGUGGUUCCCAAGCCCGCCGCGUCCAUCGACGACCUCCAGUCCGUCCGGAGCGGCCUGUCUGGCAACAUGUCGAUUCAGAUCCCCAGUCAAUACGGCGACGACUCGGACGAUGAAGAGGACCAGGACAUCCACGAGGUCUGGUUUCCGGGCUGCCACGCAGAUAUCGGCGGAGGCUGGAAGCUGGAAGGCGGCGAGCUGUGGGCUUUGAGCCACGCGCCGCUCGUGUGGAUGGUACAGGAGGCUCAGAAAGCCGGCCUGGAGCUGGACGAGCGCAAGAUGAAGCAAUUCCAGUGUUUGGAGGAGUACGAUGGUAACUACACGCCCAUCCAAGAGGAGAUCGCGGCGCGCCGGCCCAGCCAGUGCGUUGACGGCCAUGGCGAUAACCCCGAGGCCUUCCGCACGUCGCCUGACGAGAAGCAGCGGUCGGCGGCGAGUCGCGACUUCUGGCACGCACUGCACACCUCCAGCACCAAAGGUCUCCUGCAUGACUGCUUGAUGUUCAAGCAGGGUCUGCCGGCGUUGUCGGUCAUCUCCUGGCGGAUCAUGGAGUGGCUGCCGUUCCGGCGCAUGGAUCUGCAGGCCGAUGGGUCGUGGAAGCCGAUCUGCUGGCCACUGCCGCGCGGUGAGGUGCGCGAUGUGCCGCUGGACGCGGAGAUCCAUGUCUCAGCCAUCCGGCGCAUGCAAGCAGACCCCAAGUACCGCCCCGGCAAUGUGAUUCUGGGCGGCGGCGGUCGCGGUGUGCGCAUUGCGCCGGACUCGCACGGCAUGGGCGACUGGGUCGUCCUCAAGAACGAGGGCGACGGGGUGCGUGAGACGUACGUCCGCAAGAGCGUGGCGACCAAGUGCAGAGAGGAGCUCGAGCGUAUGAAAGCGCAUGCCGCCGUACACUAG